AUGAAUACUCUGUUUGAGUCUGCGGAUCACUUUACCCGCACGCUGAAUGAUCGUCUUGAGCCUCGAGUCAAGACCCAUCUGAAGCAUGUCUACUCUACGCUGACCGCCACGGUCCUGUCGGCGUCCCUGGGCGCCUACCUGCACCUGUACACCAACUUGGCGGCCACUCUGCUCUUUGUGACACUUGGCCUGUGCUUGGCCCUGAUGUUCACCAAGGACAAUGGCAAAAACCGAAACCUUCGCCUGGGCUACCUGCUCGGCAUUGGAUUUUUCUCUGGCUUUUCAAUGGGACCACUGAUCGAGAUGACUCUGUACAUUGACACGAGCAUCUUGCCGACGGCCAUCCUCUCGACGGCCUUCAUCUUUGGCUGCUUCACGCUGAGCGCAAUCUUCUCGGACCGCCGUCAGUCCCUCUAUAUCACCGGACUUGCCAGCUCUGUGGCUACAUUUGUCUUCUCGCUGGCGUUGAUGAACAUCUUCCUCAACUCCUACUUGAUCUACAAAACAAGUCUUUAUUUAUCUUUUGGGGUGAUGUGCGCGCUUGUAAUCAUAGAUACAGUUCGCAUCAUCGACUUGCGUGCUCGUGGCGAUACUGAUUACAUCAUGCACGCUUGCAUGCUUUUCCAAGAUCUGGUUCAAAUCUUCCGCCACCUGCUGGUCAUCCUCUCUGAGAAGGAUCGCUCAAACAAGCGAAAGAAGCAGCGCGAUUAA